AUGCUAGACCACAUCCUAGGCCGCCCCUCGACCCGCUUCCGCAAAUACCAAGUCUUCUGCGUCGUCCUCCUCUGGUCCUUCUACCUCGCCAAAUUCCCCCGCCACGGUCCCCCGGGCGUCCGCCGCCUCUCCAAAUGGCUCUCCACAAGAUUCACAAUGCACCAGGCGGUGGUGGUGUCGUGCGUGGGACUCUACGUCUCGCGCAACUUCGCGAGGGUCGUGGGCUUGGAGUCUCCCGAACCGCUAGCGAAUCUCUACGAGAGGAGCUUCUUCCGCGCGACGUGGGUGACGACGGCGUUGGACGCGGGGUUCUGGACCGCGAUGCACCUGCGGCCGAAGUUCGUGAGGAGUAUCUGCGAGAUUGUGUUUACGGUGUAUUAUCUCGUCUGUGCUGAGCAGGCGGAUGAGAUGGUCAAGAGGGUGAGGGGGGAUCUGAGUCUGGAUCAUCUGCGGGUCAGCUGGAAUAAACCGAAUACACCGAUUUUGAGGUUCGUCACAAAGCUCCUGAGGCCGAAGUUGAUGAAUUGGCCUGCGAGGCGGAUUGAGAUUCCGAGGCCGAAGGGAAGUGAUUAUACCAGACCGACGGAGGCGUGGAUUUACUUUGAGGGAUCGCGGGAGGAGUUGUUGCAUCAGGAUAGAGUCAUUCUGGAUAUACCUGGUGGGGGGUUUGUUGCGAUGGACCCGAAGUGUCAUGAUGAUAAACUGUUGGCUUGGGGCGCGAAGGCCAAAUGUCCUGUCGUCGCGCUGAACUAUGGAAAGGCACCGGAAUUCCCUUAUCCCUACGCGCUGUAUGAGUGCUACGAUGCGUACUACCAGAUCAUUGCUACGCGGGGCAAGUGCAUUGGUCUGUCUGGAGAGGUUGUUCCUCGGAUCAUUGUCAGCGGUGACAGUGCGGGAGGCAAUCUUGCGAUCGCGAUGACCCUACUAUUACUCGACAGCGAUUCUCAACAUUCAUCCUGGCAGCCUGGAUCAAAGGGCAAGAAUCUUCUCCCACCGCCGGAAGCUAUUUGUGCGAUCUACCCAGCCUUGGAAAUGAACAUUGGCAACUGGAUGACAGACGAGCAACUGGCAUUGCUCAGACGGCCACAGCAGCGGAAAGAAAAUAAAGAUCUCCUACGACGCAAGUCGGAAGACUAUAGACGAUUGACACCAUCUACACCUUACGCCUCGGACGACGAAGACGACAGUGACGCAACAGUGAAACCCACUCAAAAGCCAGUGCUCGAAAGACGACCGACAAGCAGUCAAAGCAAUCGAAAACCUACCACGAGACUCGCCAUGAGCAGCAUGAUCUCCUACUUCAACGACCGCAUCCUCUCGCCUGAAAUGCUGCGCGCCAUGAUUCUGCUCUAUAUUGGCGAACACAACAAACCCGACUUCGCAACGGAUUACUUCCUCUCCCCCUUACGAGCCCCCGAAGAACUCCUCUCUAAAUUUCCCCGAACCUUCCUCCUUUGCGGCGAACGCGACCCCCUCGUCGACGACACCGCCAUCUUCGCCGGCCGCCUCCGCCAAGCCCACAGCCUCGAAUUCAAGCGCCGCCAGGAACUCGGCCUCGAGCACGAAGACGCCCGCUUCGCCCCCAACAAACACGUCGAAGUCCACUUCGUCCCCGGCGUCAGCCACGGCUUCCUGCAGUUCGUCAGCGUCUACCCGGCCGGAUGGCAGUACAUCCACAAAUGCGCGCGCUGGAUGCGGGAUCUGUUCGACGAAAACGACAAGUCGUUCGAACCCGCCAGCAGCGUCGCAUCGAACGGAGCCCCGGGCUCCUCGGAUUAUUUCAGCUACGCGCCCUCGCCUCGCUCUCGAAGGAACUCCCUCUCGGAAGAUUCGAAACCCCUUGAAAUCCCCUCCAAACUCCGCAUGACGUCCAUUACGAGCAAUAGCAGUAGCGGUUCAUCUCACCGCAGACGCGGCAGCAGCACAACAGCGACGACGACGACGAGCGGGAGUGGUGCGACGAGGAGUCGCGGCCGCGUGCAGAGGAGUCAUUCGGGACGCAAGAGUCCGGCAGAGGCGAGGCAUUUUAUGAUUUCGCGGCUGAGUUCGACGGAGGAUUUGGUGUCGCGGCGCAUGAAUGGCGUGACGCAGAAUUUGGGCAUGGAUUCGAAGAAGGAGGCGCCUGGGGGGUGA